AUGUCCUUCAACUGCUCCACAAGAAACUGCUCUUCCAGGCCAAUGGGUGGGCGCUGCACUGUCCCAGUGGCUCCAGUUGCCACAGCUUCCAACACCGAAGCUGACUGCCUGAGUGGCAUCUACUUGCCCAGUUCCUUCCAAACUGGCUCUUGGCUGCUGGACCACUGUCAGGAGACGUGCGAGCCCACUGUUUGCCAGCCAACCUGUUACCCGCGAACCUCUUGCGUCUCCAACCCUUGCCAGGUGACUUGCUCUCGACAAACUACCUGUGUCUCCAACCCCUGCUCAACUACCUACACCCGGCCGCUCACCUUUGUCACUGGUGGCUGUCGGCCCCUGGGAGGUGUUUCCACUGUGUGCCAACCAGUGGGAGGAGUGUCUACUGUCUGCCAACCUGCUUGUGGGGUCUCCAGGACGUACCCUCAGUCCUGUUUGUCCAGCUGCCGAAGAACCUGCUAA